GUCAGACGCUUCCAACCAAUGGCUGAGUGCGUCUGAGUCACGUGAGAGGCAGCGCAGCAGAUUUGAAUUGUUUGUGUGCUUAUAUUUUCUGUCGUCGCAGUUUGAAUGCGGAGCAGAAAAGAAGAUUAGCGAGUUUUUCAGAGGAACUGGAGAGACGAAGAAGCAGCAGCAGCGGGAUGGACUGUCGAGCUAACAGCGAUCUGUUAUUCCUGCCCGACGAGAAGUUUGACUUCGACGUUUCUCUGUCACCUGCCAGCUCCAAAGGUGAUGAAGAUGAAGAUGAGGUGUUCGUGGGUCCGGUCACCCAUAAGGAGAGAUGUGUCUCUGUUCACGUGGUAUCUCAUCUUGAGGACAGCGGUGGUGGCGUGCGCAUGAGCUGGAGUCCACUGACUGGAGAUCAGCUAGAGGCUGUGUGUCAGGAAGCCCACAAACUAGCCGAUCAGCUACAGAGUAGUGAACUGAGCUGGCCACCCAGUGAGGACGAUAAGCCCACCAACAUGACCGCUGACACCAACGCAGGCAGGGAGGAGUUUGUCCAGGAUGCUGAGGCCAAACUAUGUGUGCUCGGUCAGGCCAGUGCGCUCAGCCCCAUCAAACGCCAAACCUUCUGUGUGCAGGACAGUCCCAUGAAACAGCUGCCACCCGCCAUCCAGCACCGCCUGCUGAGAGGAAGCACCACCAACGCAGCUUCAUCUGCACGUCCUGCCACCGCAGCACCAUCCACCCGACAUGCCUCCGCUAACACAAAUUCAUUCACCCGCCCGGCUGCAUCUAAAAGACUCAGCACGUCCAGCCCUGUGGCCGGGGUCAAGGCUCAGCCCAGGACGGGGCUGCGAGGGAAAGCCACAUUAGGUGUCGUGCUGCCAAGCAAACCGGCUGCCCCGACAGCUUCCAGUUCAGCCAGCAAGAGCAGAGUGGACAGAACCAGACUGCAACCACCGAGCAAAGCAGCGGGGAGUUGGAGGCGUAGCUCAACCUCUCGCCCCCCCAACAGGGCAGAGUCAUCUGAGGAUCUGCUCUCCGAUUCAGCGAGCGUGGCCUCUGACAUCAGCGACUCCUCACUCAACUCAAGUCUACUGGGAAAACGCACGCUGGCUCCACCCACCAAGAGUGUCACAAGGAACCUGUCAGGCAUGAAAGCUCCCCUUCAGAACAAGAGGGUGACCGACAGGAGGAACACGUCUUCGUCUUCAUCAUCGGUGUCCAGCUUCAACUCUAGCAUAUCCCUGUCCCCUGCUAAAGGUAAACUGAACUCUUCUUUGAACCGGAGUCUAAAUGGCUCCACUGGCCCUGCCCCCAGCAGCAUCUGCAGACCAGCAAAUCAAAGCAAACCACGCCGCUCCACCGUCUACGCCACCACAGAGCCAGCGUCCUCCAUCGCUGGACGCCGCUCGCUGUCGACCAAAGGCAAGAAACCAUCUGAGGUGGAACCUGUCAAAGCCACAAGGUCCACUCCCCUGAAGAGAGCUGAGGCCACGCCCCUACAGCAGACGCCCGCCAAGAGAGUUAUGGAGAGGAUCGCCUCAAUCCCCACCGCCGCCUUAGCCCGGCCGCAGAGUGGAUUGAAGACCAAAUCCAAGCCUGAGGCCCUGGUCUUUCCAACACCCAGUGGAGGAGUCAGAGGAGUCCCCCAUGGUGACGGCGCCUCAAAGAUGUUGAAGCCAAAGAGGCUGAUGUCAGCGAGCAACGUGGACAGUCUCUCUCAGAAGCCUUCUGCUGGUCCUUUGACGCCCUCUGCUGGCAGCUCCAGGUCACUGCAGAUGAAACCUCGGCGUCCCUCUGCCCUCCCUACACCAGUGAAGCGCGGGAUGUCCGCCAUCCCUGUUGCGACACCCACUAACCAGAACCGGCUCACAAGACCACCACCCACAUCUGGCUCUGACCUGGCUUCAGCUAUGAGAGAGAGAAGCUGCAGUCCCGCCCCUGCAAACACACAGGAAGUGGAGCCUGUUGAUCUCCCUGACAUCCAGCCCUUCUGCCUGGAGGAGGAGGAGCCCCCUGCUGCCCUGCCCUCCAGUCCUCCACAGCCUGACCAGUCAGAGAGCACUGAUCCUGGGGCACCCAGUCAAAGCGAACCGGAGCCCGGCAGAAACCUGAUUGAACUAGAAACCAUUGAGGAGAGCAACACUAAGACACAGGAGGUUCUCCUGUUGGAUCUUCCAGCUCCGUCUCUGCAGCCUCAAGAGAAACUGCUCAUAGACUUGACCAACACCCCCAACCUUAUCCGGACCAGCAACAAGAUCUGCACCACAAAUCAGCAGCUGAUCGACCUGAGCUCUCCGCUCAUCAAGUGGAGCCCCGAAGACAAAGGAGAGAACAACGCUCCACUGAUCAACCUGUCCUUCUGAUCCAGAUCCACCUAAAGACCUGGAUCUGAGGGUCUCUGCAGUAAACUGGACUCAGCAGGUUUCUGUCUUCAGACACUCUCAUAGUAAUCCAGUUACAGAGCCAGUUUUUAUCAGUGAAGUACUUACUGAAGCAGAGUAUUAUGUUUUAAAUGAUGAAAAUAUUCAAAAGUUGCUGAAGUUUUUCUGCACCUGAUUGUACUUUUAUUUGUCUCCGUCUUGCUGCUCUUAAUGAUUAAUGAUGUCUGAAUAAAUGUUGUUAAUGUCACUACUGUAAA